GCUGGGGCAUGGCCAGUUUCUUGCUCUCGCGUUCUUGGCUGCGACCGCCAUUCCAGACGAUUCUUUUUGGGUUCUAGCUAGCUGCGAGAGAGAGAGAGAGAGUGGGUUGGAGUUGGAGGCAGGCUCGUCGUCUUCGUCCUAUGGCGCCGUGGCUGCCGAGGGCGUCGUCCCAGCUCGCGCGCCGUGCGGCGAGGAGGCUGCUUUCCGGCCCCCCGCCGCCGCCGUCGUCGUCCCAGCAUCGUCACUGCCCUCCCUCCGCCCCGUGGCUCCUCGGCUCGAUGCCGCCGGUUCUUGGGGCGUCUCCGGCGGCGGCGGCGGGAGACCGCCGGGGGUUCUGCUCCGUCCGGCGUUUCACCGGGGAGAGCAGCGCCGCCGCCGCCGCCGCCGCCGUCGAGGAACCGGAGAACGGGUUGGUGGCCGGUGAUGAUCACCAGCAGAUGGCAGUAGAUUUCCCUGGAGGAAAGGUCUCCUUUGUUGCUGAAAUGAACUUCCUUCCAGAGUCUCAGAAGGAAAGGAUCAACUGUUACCGUGUUCUCGAUGACGAUGGCAGAACAAUAUCUGGUAGCAGAUUCCAAGAGGUCAGUAAGGAGUUGGCUUUGAAGAUGUACAGUGAAAUGGUUACCCUCCAGGUGAUGGAUACAAUCUUCUUUGAAGCUCAGAGGCAGGGAAGAAUCUCAUUCUACCUCACUUCACAUGGUGAGGAGGCAAUCAACAUAGCUUCUGCUGCUGCACUUACUAUUGAUGACAUUGUACUGCCUCAGUACAGGGAACCUGGUGUUCUUCUAUGGCGUGGCUUCACAUUGCAGGAAUUUGCGAACCAGUGCUUUGGGAAUAAGCUGGACUAUGGUAAAGGGAGGCAAAUGCCAAUUCACUAUGGAUCAAACCGUCUAAAUUAUUUCACGGUCUCAUCACCUAUCGCUACCCAGCUCCCUCAUGCUGUUGGAGCUGCGUACUCUUUGAAGAUGGACAAGAAAGAUGCAUGCACCAUCACAUAUUUUGGUGAUGGCGGCACAAGUGAGGGAGACUUCCAUGCAGCACUCAACUUUGCUGCAGUUAUGGAAGCGCCGGUGAUCUUCUUCUGCCGCAACAAUGGCUGGGCAAUCAGCACCCCAACUAGUGAACAGUUCAGAAGUGAUGGGGCUGUUAUCCGUGGUCAGGCUUAUGGAAUGCGCAGCAUCAGAGUAGAUGGCAACGAUGCACUUGCUGUGUACAGCGCAGUUCAUGCAGCCAGGGAAAUGGCUGUCAAGGAAGGGAGACCAAUUUUAGUUGAGGCACUAACUUACCGAGUUGGUCAUCACUCGACAUCCGAUGACUCAACCAAGUACAGGCCAGUUGAUGAGAUCGAGCAUUGGCGAACAGCACGAGAUCCGAUUUCCAGGUACAGAAAAUGGGUUCAGGGGAACGGCUGGUGGAAUGAUGAGGAUGAAUCUGAACUCAGGAACAAUGUGAGACAAGAGCUUCUGAAAGCCAUUCAGGUAGCAGAAAGAAUGCCGAAACCACCACUUGCUGAACUAUUCACCGAUGUUUAUGAUGAAAUUCCUUCCAACCUACGGGAGCAAGAGCGUUUGCUGCGGGACACAAUCAAGAAGCACCCUGCAGACUACCCAGCUGAUGUGCAUGUUUAGUUGUAUUAGACUGGGAAUAGGUUCCCAUAUUGUAGUGUAACUAUUGAUGAUUUAGGUUUAGAGAAUUGAUAAAUUACAACAAUGUUUAGUUGUAUUAAACUGGUGAUGCAACAUAUCGAAAUGAAAUGAAUAGGCAUCAGAUAUUGUUAUUCAAAGCCUCAAAACCAUUAAAAAAAAACAAGGUAUGAGAUAAUGGUACAGACAAAGUUUACUCAUUCCAAGACAGGGUAAACAGUUAUUAUUGCACACGAAUUGAAAAUAA